UCAUUCACAGGCGUAAUACACAAAGAAGACAUGAUGAAAUGUAUACUUUUUUGUGCUGCAAUGGGACUCAUUUCUGGUGUCAGAGGAGGGAAGGUUGCCUUUACAGCCAUUUUAUCCAAACAAACAACAGUGGGCGCUCACGCUGUGGUGAAGUAUGAUCACGUGUUGACAAAUUGGGGCGGAGCCUAUCAACCAACAACUGGUGUUUUCACCGCCCCCUAUAACGGUCUCUACAGCAUCUCCUGUAGCUUGAUGAGUCGUGCUAGUAAUUCUGUCCAUGUCGGUAUUACUAAGAAUGGCAAAAAGAUGUCUAUCGUGUUUUCUAAUGCCAACACGUAUCCACUUGCUAGCCAGACUCUACAGCUGCUGUUAAACAAGGGGGAUAAAAUCUGGAUCCAGAACAGGAACGGAGGGAAUGCAAAAUUUCAUGACCACGGUUCUUAUAAUGUCUUUUCUGGUUUUUUAAUCAACGAACUAUAAAUAAGUUUGUGUAGUGUUAAUCUUUAUUAAACACAAACUGCAUCCA